AUGGUGGCGUGCAACCGGACGGGAUUCCGGCAAGACCACAUGUGGGUGGUGUGCUAUGCACUGAUCAUGCUGGUGGUGCUGGUGCAGGUAGCGGGCGUGCUGUCGGUGCGGCCCCGGGACGCCUCGGAGGGCGUCUGGUGGACCAUUUUCUUCAUUCACAUUAUCUACACUUUGCUGCCCGUCCGCAUGAGAGCCGCCGUGCUGACCGGAUUCUUGCUGUCCGCAGUGCAUGUGGCCUUGUCUUGGUCACAGAACAGCACGGCCCCUUUUCUCUGGAAGCAGCUGGUGUCCAACACACUGAUCUUCUGGUGCACCAACAUCGUGGGCGUGUGCACGCAUUACCCGGCCGAGGACUCUCAAAGGCAAGCCUUCCAAGAGACGCGUGAAUGCAUCCAAGCUCGUCUGCACUCACAGCGGGAAAACCAGCAGCAGGAGCGUCUGCUGCUAUCGGUGCUUCCCCGGCAUGUUGCCAUGGAGAUGAAGGCGGAUAUCAACGCCAAGCAGGAGGAUAUGAUGUUUCACAAAAUCUACAUACAAAAGCACGAUAACGUCAGCAUCCUGUUCGCCGACAUCGAAGGCUUCACCAGUUUGGCGUCUCAGUGUACGGCGCAGGAGCUUGUCAUGACGCUCAACGAACUCUUUGCUCGCUUUGACAAGCUGGCUGCGGAAAAUCAUUGCCUUCGCAUCAAGAUCCUUGGUGACUGCUACUACUGCGUGUCAGGGCUUCCCGAGGCCCGUGCCGACCACGCUCACUGCUGCGUGGAGAUGGGCCUGGACAUGAUCGAAGCCAUCUCGCUGGUCCGGGAGGUGACGGGUGUCAACGUGAACAUGCGAGUGGGCAUCCACAGCGGCCGCGUUCACUGCGGCGUACUGGGUCUGAGAAAGUGGCAGUUCGAUGUCUGGUCCAACGACGUCACACUCGCCAACCAGAUGGAGGCCGGUGGAAAAGCAGGGCGAAUCCACAUCACCAAGGCGACCCUCAACUACCUGAAUGGCGACUACGAUGUGGAGGCGGGUGCAGGUGGCGACAGGAACGCUUACCUAAAGAGGAACAGCAUAGAAACCUUCCUCAUUGUCGGCUGCAGCCAGAAGAGGAAAGAGGAGAAGGCCGUGAUCGCCAAGAUGAAUUGUCAUCGGACCAACUCUGUGGGUCACAACAGCAGCCACUGGACAGACCGACCUUUCUACAACCAUCUGGCCAACAAUAAUCAGAUCUCCAAGGAGAUGAAGAGGAUGGGCUUCGAGGACCCGAAGGACAAACACGCGCAGGAGCACAUGAACCCCGAAGACGAGGUGGACGAAUUCCUGGGCCGAGCCAUCGACGCACGUAGCAUCGACCGCCUGCGAUCGGAACACGUCAAGAAAUUUCUGCUUACCUUCAGGGAAGCCGACUUGGAGAACAAGUAUUCCAGACAAGUGGAUUCCCGCUUCGGGGCUUACGUGGCAUGCGCCUCCCUUGUGUUCAUCUUCAUCUGCUGUAUACAUGUCGUCAUCAUGCCUCCUUCUGAUGUGAUGAGGGGCUUGUUUGCGGGCUGCCUAGUGGUCCUGACGCCACUCGUGUUGGUGUCCAGUGUGUACUGCUGCUAUGGGGUGUUCCCAACCACCCUGCGGACGUUCUCCAGAAAGAUCGUCCAAUCGCGUCUCAAAAGCACCAUGGUGGGCGUGGCCGCCAUCCUAGUGGUCUUCCUGUCGGCUUUUGUCAACAUUUUCACCUGCAGCGGGAAUGAUGUUCGCGGCUGCAUAGCGGCGGAGCUUAACAUAAGCUGGGACGCGGUGGACGCUUGCCACGCGCGCUUCCUCAACUACAGCCUGGAUGCACAGACAGGACCCUGCGGGGAUCCGGCACCCUUCUGCGGAUUUCCCGAGUACUUUUCGUGGUGCGUGGUGUUGAGCCUGCUAGCGUGCUCGGUCUUCCUGCAGGCUCACAGCCUGGGCAAGCUGGUACUCAUGCUGGCCAUGGAGCUGCUCUACCUUCUGGUUGUGGAGCUGCCAAGGGGCAUUCUCCUUGACAACCGCGACCUCCUUGUGGUCGCUCACUCCGCGGAACAGCUGAACGCAACGAGCUGCGCUGUGGAUUCUAAGGUGCCUCUAAAGAUCAUGACGCCGGUCGUCAUCACUGUCUUCGUGCUGGCGCUCUAUCUGCACGCUCAGCAGGUGGAGUCCACAGCCAGACUCGACUUCCUCUGGAAGCUGCAGGCGACUGAGGAAAAAGAGGAGAUGGAGGAGCUGCAGGCGUACAACCGCCGCCUGCUGCACAACAUCCUUCCCAAGGAUGUGGCCGCGCACUUUUUGCAGCAGGAGCGCCGCAACGAUGAGCUCUACUACCAAUCCUGCGAGUGCGUUGCAGUCAUGUUCGCUUCGAUCAGCAACUUCUCUGAAUUCUACGUGGAGCUGGAGGGCAACAACGAGGGCGUCGAGUGCCUCAGGCUUCUCAACGAGAUUAUCGCAGACUUCGACGAGAUCAUCAGCGAGGACAACUUCCGCCAGCUGGAGAAAAUCAAGACGAUCGGCUCGACGUACAUGGCUGCAUCGGGUCUGAACGCGUGGACGUACGACAAGACGGGCCGCUCGCACAUCCGCGCGCUGGCCGACUACGCCAUGCGCCUCAUGGAGCAGAUGAAGUACAUCAACGAGCACUCCUUUAAUAACUUCAAAAUGAAGAUCGGUCUGAACAUGGGCCCUGUGGUGGCCGGUGUCAUUGGCGCCCGCAAGCCUCAGUACGACAUUUGGGGCAACACGGUCAACGUAGCCAGUCGCAUGGACAGCACCGGCGUGCCCGAGAAGAUACAGGUGACAGCUGACCUCUACCAGGUUCUCCACUCUUACAAUUAUUCCCUGGAGUACCGCGGUGUGGUGACUGUGAAGGGCAAAGGCGAAAUGAUGACUUACUUCCUCAACAGUGGACCCGCAAACAGCAGCUAA